AUGGUCAUUGGUCAGUUUGAGAUGAUUCUGAAGCUACUUUUGGUUAAACAUUCUGUGCUUGCUGGUACAAAGAGUAUUGGCCUUUCCAGUGUUUUGAUGGUUGAAGGGCAAGCUCUAAAUGAUGGUUUUCCCAAUGCUUUUCUGGAUCGAUAUUUCAAAGUCUCGGUUGAAGGCAACUCUAAGCUUCUCAUUGGCUGCCUCUCUGUUGAUGUUCUAUACCAUGGAGGUUGUUAA